GAUGAGUUGCUUUCGCUGGUUCUCAUCGUCAUCCGACAAGAAAAAGGCGAGGAAUUAUAAUCCCUCGAAGGAUUCCGCUCAAGCGGUCGAAGGCACGACGAACGCAGAAGUUGCGAAAAAUAUCCAAAGAAACAAUCAGAAGAGCUCAUCCGAAACGACCCCUAAAGAUGCAGGCAAUGGAAAUAUCGCAGCUCAAACAUUCAGCUUCCGCGAACUUGCAGCAGCUACGAAGAAUUUCCGACCCGAAACUCUUGUAGGCGAAGGAGGGUUCGGUAGAGUUUACAAGGGCCGCCUUGAAAACGGCCAGAUUGUGGCUGUUAAACAACUAGACAGGAAUGGGCUGCAGGGAAACAGGGAGUUUCUGGUUGAAGUGCUAAUGCUCAGUCUUGUGCAUCAUCCCAAUCUGGUAAAUCUCAUUGGGUAUUGCGCAGAUGGGGAUCAAAGACUCCUGGUGUAUGAGUUCAUGGCUUUGGGAUCUUUGGAAGAUCAUUUGCUUGAUCUGCCACCUGAUCAGCAGCCUUUAAGCUGGCACGCGAGAAUGAAAAUAGCUUACGGGUCUGCUCAAGGCCUGGAGUAUUUACACGAGAAGGCGAACCCGCCGAUAAUUUACCGUGAUCUAAAAUCUUCGAAUAUUCUCCUCGACGAGAAUUUCAAUCCGAAGCUCUCCGAUUUCGGGCUCGCAAAGCUUGGACCGACCGGAGACAAAGCGCAUGUGUCGUCGAGAGUGAUGGGCACGUACGGGUACUGCGCACCCGAGUACGCACGGACGGGCCAUCUCACGGUGAAAUCGGAUGUGUAUAGUUUUGGAGUUGUUCUGCUUGAGCUGAUCACAGGGAGGAGGGUCAUUGACACUGCAAGGCCAAAAGAAGAGCAGAAUCUUGUAGCUUGGGCGAUGCCAGUGUUCAAGGAUCAGAAGAGGUUUCUGGAGUUGGUGGAUCCUCUCCUUCAGGGAGAGUACCCCUCGAAAGGAUUGAAUCAAGCGGUAGCAGUCGCGGCAAUGUGCCUCCAAGAGGAGGCUUCGGUGCGGCCGUUGAUGGCUGAUGUCGUCAUGGCCUUGAGUUUCCUCGCGACGGGCCCGAGUGACGGUACCGCAAUCCCGAGAUCACAUGCUCCUUCCCUUGGCGACGAGAUCGAACUGUGAUCGACAAGGCCGCCGCCGAGGCCAAUGAGAGAAGAACAGUAAUGAAGUGACUUACAAAAAAUGAGAUACAUUUGGCUUAGCCUGGCUUGCUAACUCCUUUUUUCAUUCUGCAAUGGAACUUUUGUUUUCAUAUGAUCUUUUUUGGUUUUUCCCCUGUUAUUUACCUUAAUCAUGUGCGAUUUAAUGUAAGAGAA